AUGGCUCUGGAUGAACACGCCAUUGUCGACGACACCUCGGCCACUCCCAGCCCGGGCUCGCCACCCGGCAUGACGGCAUCCAAGUCUUCAAAAUCUUCUUCCUUUCAUUCGCUCAACUCCGACGAUGGGAGCGUCGAUGCCAGCCACUUCGAGGACAUCGGCUUGAACGACGACACCGUCGUCCACCGCUUCGAUCGAGAUGCACCCGCCAAAGCGAAUCCCUUUAACCCAAACUAUCCUGCCGAUCUCCGAGCUGCCUCACGGAGGAACAGGUCGAUUCCGCGUCCCUCCAAUGGCCCACGAGAGCUAGGGAAAUCGCGUUCCCUCCGCGACAUCACCCCGAAAUCUCGCCCAUCCUUCCCCCCGAUAGGGGCCGAGCUUCGGAGCAUCAACGUGCGUAGCACCAACCUCAACACGCUAUAUCCCGCUCCCCUGACGAGCCCUAUUCGAUCCAAGAGCUUCGGCACACGUGGCGCCACAUUGCGCCGCCAAAGGAGCCAGAGCCCCAACUGCUCCAUGAUCCCGAGGGAUCCGAACAAGCUGCUCGUCCAACCGCGCAGGAGUAGCUGGCAGUCCACCCACGAACGCAAGUCCGUCUCGGAUCUCGAAAGAGAAUGCGAGGACGACGACGACGAUAUCCCUGAACACUUGAUCCUCGACAACGUGCCCAUCUCGCCCAGGCCGCAAUCGGAGCGCUCGGUGAGGAGCCGGGCCAGCUCCAAAGACAACUCCCCCGAGAGGCCACCUCCCCAGAGGGUUCGCAGUGUUGGGAAUGGUACACCACCAGUCGCCAUGGCCCAGGGCUCUCUCAAAUCACCCACAUGGAAGUCUAACGGUCUCCUGACUACGUCGCCCACCGCCAUGCACAGCAUGGCUAGUCCCACGUCGACACCAUCCAGCGGCGCUGUGAGCCCUGUCAAGACAAGGACAAAGAGCUGGCAUAUGGCCUUGGCAGAUCUCAACGCCGAGGCAAAAGCGCUCACGGAGAAGCUUGAGGAGCAUGCAGACGAGCUCCAGCAAAAGUCGCAGCAGAGGUGCAGUACAGGAUCUAUGCCGACAGGCAAAACCUCUUCCGAGAGUGCUGAGAGCAAAGCUCGCCACAAGUCGGCUUUGCCCGAACUGCCGCCUCUGCGACGGUCGAACAUUAUGAUUGACCCCCUCCCGGUCUCCAAGGAGAAGGAGGCUGUGCUCUCGCGCACCCGGCCGUCAUGGCUUCCUCCCAAGGACCCCGCUGAGGAGCGGCGCCACCUGAAGGAAUACCAGCGCAUGAUGGCACAAAGCGCCGAGGCUGACAAGCGCCGCGAGACGGCCAGGAAGCUAAAGUCGGAGUGCCGCGACACAGCUGUGGACACCUUGAUGCAGAUCUGGGAGCGAGAUGUGCUGCCGAGGUGGAACGAGGCCAUCUGCGAACGCCGCACUCGGGAGCUGUGGUGGAAAGGAGUGGCUCCGCGAAGCCGCGGCGCUGUUUGGAUGCGUGCCAUUGGGAACGAGCUCGGCCUCAGCGAGACUUCGUAUCGUGCCGCUCUCCGCCGCGCUGGCGAGGCUCAGGAUCGCGACGCCGCCGGCAAGGGCACCAACAGUGACCAAAGAUUCGCUCGCUGGCUGCGGGCCAUCCACCGCGACGUUGAGUCGUCCACCUGGACUGAGCUCAAGAUCUUCCAAAAGGGCGCGCCGCUCCAUCAGAGCCUCGUCGAUGUCCUUUCGGCCUACGCCAUGUACCGAAGCGACAUUGGCUAUGUUCCCGGUUGCAACACUAUGGCUGCUCUGCUGCUUCUCAACCUUCCUUCAGCCACCGAAGCCUUCAUUGCUUUGGCCAACCUUUUGAACAGGCCACUCCCGUUGAGCUUUUACGCUGCCGACCCAGGGGCCAAGUCAACUGCUUACAGCUUGAUCCUGCAAACGCUUGCUCAAAAGUCACCCAGCCUGCACGAGCACCUGACGAGGCUGCCAGACCACGAUCCGGACAUGUACCUGAGCGAGCUCUUCACGUCUCUCUUCACCGGAUACCUUCCCCUCGACGCGGCCGCCAGGCUGUGGGAUGUUUACGUCUUUGAAGGAGACAAGGUCCUGGUGCGGGCCGCCGUAGCGCUUCUCACCGAGCGCGAGAUGUCACUACUAGGGGCCAAGCAGAUCAGCGACGUCAGGGCCGUCCUCGAAGGUGGCUCGCCCACAAGCGCGCCCGGUGCCCCCCGGAAGCAGCACGUAGUUGGCCGGCCUGGGGAGGAGGAUGCCUGGAUCCGGGCCGUGCGGGAGGUCGGCAAGGCUUAG